AUGGACUGUCUCGACGAGCCGCUCCACCUCGAGAUUCUAAGCUCGCUGGCGACCAACCUCGCGCAGCAUGACACUACCGGUAGCGUCGACGUGAAUCACAUUGACGUGCUGCUCAACGGCCUCCCUCCCGCCGCACCGCAAGAUGAGGAUGAUGGAGGAUGGACCGAGUACGAGGUCAACCAUGGCAUCUCGUACGCUCACUACAUUACCUCUCUCCCGGCCAACUCGCCAUACCUCCCCACAUCGUUGCCCCGCCUGCGCAGCCUCCUCAACGGCCUGCUCGCGCAGGGAGGUGGCCAGUCCGGUCCCUCGUCGUCGGGCGGUGACCCUUCCACGACCGUUCAGCACGCCCUCCUCCUCGAGGCCCUUCUCCAGGCUGUCCUCUGGGUUGGCUGGUCAUGUGCAGACGUGCGUGGCGAAUCGGGUGUCAUCAUCGCCGAACUCCUCGAGCAGGUGGAGCACCUCAUGAGCACGGCACUUGUGUUCUCUGGUGUUGUCCUCACUUCGAUCCAUGCCGUCCUGUCGCAUGUCUCCCUUCCCACUCUUCCGCCCAUCGUCGUUACCCGCCUUCUCGCCGCGGUCGUCUCGCUUGGCUCCCCGACCAACCUGAUCAAGGCCGUCCGCGAAGCGUACACCGAGGGACAUGCCCCCUCCCAUUCCCGUUUCAACACGGCCCCGCACCCCACGACGCCCCUCGCUGUUGCCGUUCUUGUGACGGAGGUGGCCAACAUUGUCCUUGCGCGUGCCCUCACUUCCGAUCCCGAAAUCUCCCAGCAGUCGUUCAACCGCGAGAGUAUCUCGUGCGAUGCCGAGUUUUCCCCCGUGUGGAAGUCCCAAACCAACGCCUUGCUGGCUGAGCCGGUCUUGGCGGCAGGUAUCAUCGAUGUCGCCAAUGGCGAGGCCACUGUUGCUGCUGCCGACCAGCUUGCGCUUCUCUGGUGGAACGAGCUCAACGACCCCGAGCCCGUCCAGGCCUUCCCGACCAACCCCAUGGAUCGCCGUGGUACCCUGGCCGUCUCGGGCGUCCACACAGACGAGGAGAUCUACCUCGCCGUUUCUGUGCUUCACAUGCUCAACCUGCUGAGUCUUGUGCAGCCCGAAGACGAGGCCACGCAGCUCGCGCGUCUCAAGCAGCUCCUGUCCGAGAACUCAACAGUCUCCGAUGCGCGUGUGCUACAGGCUGCGUUUGUGUGCCUUGGAAUCUUUGUGCGCAACCACCCGGCACUCGGUACCUCCCUCACACACCAUCUCCGUCGCCUGCUCAUGAGCCCCAUGCCUGCUCUUGAGAGCGAGGUUUCGUCCGCCGGCAUGGAGCUGUCACCCACGAUUUCCGCUGCCUCAAUGUGCCUCGCAAUGUGUAUUGAAAUGUCGGCCAACGACGACGCCAUCUCGUCGACCCUCUACUCUCUCCUCGGUGUGCUGAACCAUGGCGGGUCUACUGUUGGUCCCGGAGCCAUGUCAGUGCGCUCCAUGCCUCUCAACCAAAUGGCUGCUACGGCUCUCAACCAGUAUUCGCAACGCUCGUAUGACUCGUCAAAGUCGUUGCUUACGUCCAACAAACGUACCGAGCAACAGCGCAAGCUCGUCAGUACGACUGCUGUCGAGAUUGUGUCCCGCUUGGCACUCGACACCGGCCGCGACGACAUUAUCCACCUCGCCAUCUCCAUGCUUGUACAGCGACUCCGUGGUGUGGACAUUGCGACCGAGUCGGCUAUUGUCACCAACCUCGUGCCGCUUGCGCUUGCAGGCACCAAUGCCGAUCUAAUCGAAGUUUAUCGCGCCUUCUCGCAAAUCUCGCGCUCGUCCCAUCCCGAAGACCCGCGUACUUCGUCCAACGCGGUUCUCGCUGCACAGACGACGCUGGCCAAGGGCCUUGGAUGCCGUGUCGACACCCUCGAGGGGUACCUCAGCGAGCUCCUGACGCUGUUUACCGACAAGGGUACUCAGACGCAGAUUGUCACCAUGUCGCCUGCUGGCAUGGACAUCAAGGACAAGGAUAAGAACCGCCAGGCCAACAUUCGCGCCGAUAGCGAUAAACGUGCUGCCGACAUGGUCGCUGGCCUCGCUGCGCUUCUGAUUCCCAUCUCCGAGAUUCUCGCCCACCAAGACUACCGCCCGGACCUGGCCCCGACCACCGAGAUGGUCGCCCUCUUCCGCAACAUGUGGCUCCUGUGUGUGGUGUUUGGCCUCAGCGGCAAGCCCGGCCGCUCGCGUCUUUCCGAGUACGAGACCAGUGCUCUGGCCAUUAUUGCUGUCAAGACGCCGGCGUUGGUGCUGGAGAACGCGACGGACUUUGUCCACAGCGACCUCGAGUACAACACUGUCCUCCGCAAGGACUUUGCUUCCUCAAUCCACACCAAGAUGAAGAACUUGCUGGCCGAGGUCCUCCCGUCCCAAAAGUACAAUACCGACAUUCGCAACAUGUCGACGCCGCAGAUGACCCUUCUAGUGGCGAUUCACGACCUCGAGCAGAUGCGCACCUUGCGCUGCCGCCCGUCCGUCAUCCUCCAGUAUUUCAGCAACGACUCGGUCAACAAGAGUAUCGCCGUGGUUGGCGCCCUGACUGGUAUUUCACAUGGCCUGUCGUCCGUCUUCCUCAAGCAGCUCAGUCGCCAGGCGGUCGACCACAGCAUGCCUGUCAUUGUCAGCGAAGAAGUGUGCAAGAUUCUCGUUGCGUGCACCCACCGUAUGCGCAAGGUCCGCGAGAUUGCCCUCCAAUACGUGCGCCACAUCAUUGAGACGUUUUCGGCCCUCAUGUGCAACCGCAAGGUUGUGUUUACCCUCCUGGAGAUUCUCACCCUCAUGCGCCGCAGCUGCGAGAUGCAGUACACAGACGAGGUGGGUGGUCAUUGGUUGAUCAAACUAACCCAGCAGUACUCGCCCACGCAUUACUUUACGUCAGACAAGCUCGAGCUCACGCUUGAGCUGACAGACGACUACUCUGUGCGCAACGAGAUUACCACCCAGCUGCACAGUGUGGCCCAAAAGUGGCUUACGCUGGCCAUUUCUCGUGCGCCUAUCGAGGUCCAGUCGACGCUCCAGUCGUACCUCAACGAGGCGCGUGACGUGCUGCUCAUCGACAGUGUGGAGAUGGGUGCCGGUCUUGCUCUCCAGUACUCCAAGGCCAUCUCGCGUCUCGACCGCCAGGAGACCAUCAUGCCCGUUAUCGGCGGUUGGCAAAGUGACUGCUCCAACCUCGUUGCGAGCCAGUUUGCCGCCAAAAACUACUAUGACGGUGAACUCAAGGGUGCGCGUCACAUCAUUACCGAGGGUCUGCGCUCGCUGCAAAAGGACUCGCCGGCCGUGUCAUCGUUUGAGGAACGUGCUGCGUUCCGCCAGCAGAUGAACGAAGCCAUGGCCAAGGCCAACACCAAGCAGGCCCUGUCGGUGCCGGACAUGCGCCGUCUGCUUCUCCGUGCCACUGCCGUCCUCAUCGCCACACCCGGUGUCCACGCGGACAUUCUUCACUUUGUUGUCGCGCUGCCCAUUACCACGUUCUCGCCUUUGGCCAUUGCUGCCGGUGUGGACGCGUGGACGUGGCUCGUGCGCCAAAAGCCCGAGGCCGAGAUUGCGCUCAUGGGUGAGAUCUCUGCGGGCUGGCUCGGCACUAUCAAGGCCGGCAAGGGUCUAUUCAGCACAAGCAUGAACUACCACGACCCCUUCGUCCAGCCCAUCGAGUACGCCCCGUCUGACAAGCACGUCAUGGACGUCGAGCUCGCGCGUGCGCGCCGCCUGCUCCGCCCUCACCUCUUGCUCGUCCAGAUCCUGUCGUCCCAGUUCCAGGCAGUCAAGUACCGCGCUCCUGGCAUCAUGGUCUCGCUCGCCCGCCUCAUGCUCCGCUCCCUGGGCGCAUUCGAGAAGAUGAGCACACACCCGCUGUCCCGCGAGGUGCGCUUCUCGCUCUUGCUUUUCGGCUUCCAGAUCCUUGCGUCGAGCAAGAUGGAGUCGCUGCUCGAGAUGCGGUUCCGUGACGCCCUCUUCAACUGCGCGUUUGCAUGGUUUGCCGUCCGCCCACAGUGGAGCUUUGGCAGCGACCGUAUCCAGGUCGGCGCGGAAAUCAAGCUCCUGCAGGACUUCAUCCAGUGUGUGUCUGAGGACCAGAUCCGUGGCGACCACUCCACGAGCUCGAUGCACGACCGCCAGCCCGCUUGGCUCGUGCCCGGCUCUACAAGCUUGCAGGACUACAUUGGCCAACACCGCGACCGUGUGCGCCUCCUCCAACUGCUGGUCGAGAACGAAAUCAACCGCCUCAAUGUAUGGAGCAACCCGACCAACGACAGGAACCGCGGCAGUGGUGGUGCCCCCGGUCCGCUCGAGAGCAAUGUUUCGGCCGAGGAGUGGAGCAACCUCGUCCGCAAGGCGUGGCGGAUCAACCCAGCCGUCGCCGUCCACAUGGCUGAGCGCUUCAAGAAUCCCAACACCACCAACGAGGUCACCAAGAUGGUCCGCCUGCACCCCAAGGCGGUCCUGGGUGUUCCCGAGGCCGUGUACCAUCUUCUCGGCGACAAGUUUGACCCCUCGGUGCGCGGCGCGCUUCGCUGGCUGCUCAUCUGGGACGCUGUGCCGCCCGUUGAAGCCCUCAACUACUUUGAGCGGCGCUACGGCAACCAUCCGCUCAUCCUGCAGUACGCCAUGCGCGUGCUGGAGCAGCACCCCGUCGACCUCACGUUCUUCUUCGUCCCGCAAGUCGUGCAGGGUCUGCGUUCGGACGGCCUCGGCUACGUUGAGCGGUUCAUCUAUGAGACGUCCAAGAUUUCGCAGCUGUUCUGCCACCAGAUGAUCUGGAACAUGAAGGCUAACACGUUCCGCGGCGAUGAGGGCGAGGAGCCGGACCCGAUGAAGCCCCAGCUUGACCGGAUGAUUGAGCUCAUCGUUGGCUCGCUGUCCGGCAAGGCCAAGGAGUUUUACGACCGCGAGUUUGGUUUCUUUGCCGACGUCACGAGUAUCUCUGGCAAGCUCAAGCCGUACAUCAAGAAGACAAAGGCGGAGAAGAAGGUCAAGAUUGACGAGGAAAUGGCAAAGAUCAAGCUCGAGGUCGGCGUCUACCUGCCGUCCAACCCAGACGGUAUCGUUGUCGACCUGGACCGCAAGUCCGGUCGCCCGCUCCAGUCCCACGCCAAGGCGCCGUUCAUGGCCAGCUUCAAGGUGCGCAAGGAGCGCAUCGACUUGCCUGCCGACUCGGACCUGGAGAUUGGCGAGGAACAGCCCAAGACGUCUUACGAUGUGUGGCAGGGCGCCAUCUUCAAGGUCGGCGACGACUGUCGUCAGGACGUGCUCGCGCUCCAGCUCAUCGCCAUGUUCAAGAACGUGUUCACCCAGCUGGGCCUCACUCUCUACCUCUAUCCCUACCGCGUGACGGCCACUGCCCCCGGCUGUGGUGUUAUUGAUGUGGUGCCCAACGCCACGUCGCGUGACGAGAUGGGUCGCGCCCAGAUCAACGAUUUGGUCGAGUACUUUGUCGACAAGUACGGUGGUGUGGACACGGUCGCCUUCCAGCGUGCCCGACUCAACUUUAUCCAGUCCAUGGCGGCCUAUUCCGUCGCGUGCUACAUCCUGCAGAUCAAGGACCGCCACAACGGUAACAUUAUGAUCACUGGCGAGGGCCACAUUGUGCACAUUGACUUUGGCUUCCUCUUCGACAUUGGUCCCGGAGGCAUCAAGUUUGAAGCGGGAAGCUUCAAGCUCAACCGCGAGAUGGUCGCCCUCAUGGGCGGCACCGACAGCCAGGGCUACCGAAUGUUCCAGGACCUCACCGUCAAGGCCUUCCUCGCCAUCCGCCCGCACGCCAACCAGCUCGUCGACGCCGUCGCGCUCAUGCUCGGCACGGGCCUACCCUCGUUCAAGGGCGAGGGCACGAUCCGCCGCCUGCGUGACCGUUUCCAGCUCCAGUUGCCGGAGCGCCAGGCGGCCGAGUACAUGGUGUCUGUUGUCCGCAAUGCGCACGAGAACAUGCGUUCAGACAUUUACGACGGUUUCCAGAAACUCCAGAACGGUAUCCCUUACUAG